AUGGCAUUGGCAUUAGCAUCAUCAAGAUCGCCUGCACAGAUAACAUACAUCGCGUCCCAUAUGGAAGGAGCGCACCAACAGCAUUCAGCCUUGAAGUCACCUCAUUAUGCAGCAUUCUCCUCACAACCGUUACCGACAUCGUCACUUCGGGAUAUCACUGCUUUAGUGUUUAUUUUAAUGUCCUUACCUCAAAACUUAGCCACUCCGUUAUUGGCCCUUUACAUAUUUGCAGAUUCCAGUUUUGUCUAUGUACGUAUGCUUGCACUGUUUGUGUUGGUUGACAGCGACGAAGAAUGUCGUGGUCGUAGUCGUCUGCAGCCACGAGGGUUGGGUCGUGGUGGUGGUUUUGGCCGACGGUUGUGGGAAUUGGUGGACUUUUCAAAGACUAUCAAUGCUAUAGGAAGGUUUAUUGCCAUUCUUGCCUUCAAUUCCAUGGUUUAUUUUUCCAUUACUCGUUACAUCUCAUUCCAUAAACGUAACGUUUAUUUCAAUCAUUUGGUGAUACUAGCGAAAGCAACUAUACUGGCAGACAUUAUAGGGUCGUCGUCUAUUAAUUCUGUCACCUCCAUAUCCAAUAAAAAGUUUGCAUCUAAGAUCCAAUUUGAGAAUAAGCAUCUCAAUAAUGGUUUAUUGAAUUCCAUAGCUUGUUAUUUGAUUGUUAAUUAUACUACUUAUUGUGUCAAUUGGCUUCUAGGAAUGAACCAUGGAGCUCUAGAUUCCAUUAAUCAAUACAGUGAACUAUAUCUUGUGUUAUGUCUCCACGUUGUCAUAUCGUCCAUUUAUCGAAACUCUUUCCAUUCCAACAGUCACAAUAAGAACAACUUCCAUGCCCCCAAUUACAACGUCAUGAAACUAGAUGAUGGAGGAGGAGGCAAUAGAGCCAUUCAUCAUCACCAUACUGUUUCUACCAGUGCAGAAAUCUCGACCUUGAUAGAUGGAGACUCCUCUCUAGUAAGCAAUGCGACUACAACGGGAGCUCAUAUCAAUAAUCCAAUCCACAAUAACAACAAUUAUACGCUGCUAUCAAAUCAUAAUAACAGCAGCACCAGCAAUAAUAAUAACAAUAAUAACAAUAAUAAUAAUAGUGAUAUUGUUGAUAAUUGCAGCAAUAUCAUAACUACUACAACCACAACAUCUACGCCAACAAGUCGCACAACAACCACAAUAUUGUCUACAGGCAACGAUGAACCUUCUACAAAAGUCUCAUCCAACGUUACACAUGUUAAUGGUAGUGCACUAGUCACAUUACCUGCUUCCAUAAGCUCUUCGACUUUAAAGCUAACCGAGGAAACUCCAGAUGAGUUGGUUGAAAUUGACUUGAGCAAAGUACUACAGAAUGAAAGAUUUGAGAAUGAAAUACUGGGCGAUUCUAUCCAGUUACACAACUUUGAAGUAUUCAUUUUAAAGCCAUUCAAUAAUAAGCUUUUGAUUAAUAGAAACAGGUCAUUUAAUCCUAUCUCCAAAUACCCUUCAUUGUGUUCUUCUAACAAUGAAAAGUCCGACUCAAAUAUAGCAUAUUCAGAAUCGAAUUCUGGUGGUAAUUCAACUACAAUUAUUGAUAAUAUGAUUACUAUCCAACCAUUUUGGUCCGUGGUGGCUUCCUUUAAGGCAGCAAUGAAAUAUACUUCUUUAUUUGAUGGCCAAAUGACGAGAAGAAAGACCCAUGGAGGUGAGUUUCUUGCAUUACCUAGUGCUAAACUUGAAAUCAGUAUUUUGACCAUUGAUGACUCCAAAAUCUUAAUGAACAUUAUGCUGUUUGCCAAAAAUCAAUCAUUUGAUAUUGGCAAGAUCAGAAUCAAGAUCAACAGCAUUGAUUGGAUGUACUUCAAGAUCUGUGAAGUGGACAACGAAUGUUAUUUAUUGGUUUAUGGACUAUCAGCAUUAUUUCAAUAUGAAAUAGAUAUUUUCCACGAACUGCAGUUAUUGAAUCAUUUGAUUAUCAGUACUACUACUCCCAAUAAAGAUAAGGUAUUAAAUCAACUGCCUAGUGAGCAGAAUUCAAGUCUAUUGACCCUUCAAAUAUCGUUGGUUCUGACUAUAGAAUUGCUUUCAAGCAAAAAGUCUAGCUACAAAAAGAUGAAGAAGGAUGAGCACAAGAAGAUCAGUGAGUUGACCAAAACUAUUGAUGCUUUUAAGAAUCGAAUUGCAAAGUAUAACGGUAAGCAACCCAAUGAAAGUCGUAUAUUUGGGAAGUUGAAAGGUUUAAAACACCAAGUUAAUCAGCUUGAAGCUGAGGUUCAAGAGUUAAAGCGUGCGGUGGAACAGUUGGAUCAGAACAAGGAUGCCAGCAGAAUUCAAUUGAACGUGAAAGAAACCGAAUUACAACAAGAACUUGCUGCUUUAGAUCAGGAAUACGAACAAGCGUAUUUGAAAGCUGUGAACGAGGUUAAAAUGCUUUUGAAAGAGGCCGAGUUGGAAAAUGCAAAUAUAAUUAGCAAGAAUCAAAAGAACUCCAAUAAGGAACAACAGAUUUUGAACGAGAUCAACAAGCUAGACUGUGAAUUGAAGAAUAUGAAGAAAAUCCAAGUGUUAGGAAAGAUCCAGAAACGAACCAAAAAGGUAAAGGAUAAAAUAGAUACCAUAAUUCCUCGAGUAUUUGAAUCCACAGCUGAGUUGCAAAGAAAGUUUGAAGAGUUAGUAGGAUCAGAUUACGAGUUGAUCGAAGAGAGUAAUCAAUGA